AUGCUUGUCGAGGACGAGGCGGGCGAUCGUGCUUCUUUCGAGGACGCGUAUUUUGCAUUAUCGGCAAAAAUCCGAGAAUUGUUAUUCGCGCCAACUCAUUCGAAUCGAGGCGUCGUCAAUCCAUCACCUUCGAAUGUAUCAGACACACGAGAGUCCGCGAUGCACGUGAGGUUACCUAAGCUCAAUCUUCCGACUUUUAGCGGCAAGUACGACGAAUGGUUCCCUUUUUAUGACGCAUUCAACUCUAUCAUACAUUCGAACAUGUCAAUCAGUAAUGUCCAGAGACUCCAGUACUUGCGAACUUCCCUGUCAGGCGAAGCGGCUGACGUCAUAAGCUCGCUGGAGAUUUCCGAUCUCAAUUAUGAAGUAGCAUGGAAAUUGUUGCGAGAUCGGUACGACAACAAACGAGUAAUCGUGCAUACGCACAUCAAAGCAAUCAUGGAGCUUCCAUGUUCGGUCAAGGAAAAUUCGAGCGAGCUGAGACAAAUCGCGGACGGCGCGUCCAAGCACAUACGCGCUCUUCAAGCUUUGAAACGUCCGACAUCUCAUUGGGAUGACCUGCUCGUGCACAUCCUAAGCGCUAAACUCGACGCAGUCACUUUGCGAGAGUGGCAGACAUCGUUGACCGGUACAGAGCUUCCCAAUUUACAGCAAUUUCUCGACUUCGUGAAUCAUCGCUGCCAAGUUCUCGAGGCCACAAGUAAAUCCGCUAACGCGUCAAGUAAGCCUAAUAACGCGAAAUUAGCAUCACAAGCAAAACGUCAGACUGCAUGCGCAGCAACACUUAAUUUCAAAUGCAGUUUUUGCCAGGGUAGUCAUUCUAUCUACAAAUGUAAAGAUUUUCUAGCACUCUCAGUGUCCAGUAGAAAUUCCGAAAUUCGCAAGCGCAAGAUUUGCAUCAAUUGCUUGCGUUCCACCGAGCAUAAAGCUAGCCAAUGCCCAUCAGGCACUUGCAGAACAUGCAAAGGUAAGCACAAUACGCUUCUGCACGCGACGAAUGUGCAAGAGCACGAGCAAGAAAAACGCCAAGAGGAGGCAUCAGCAUUGUUUCCAACGGCUCUAGUUAUGCAUGCGCAUAAUUCUCCGGAAGAUCAAUGCGUCGUGCUCUCCACAGCUGUCAUCCACGUUCAUGAUGGCGGGGGAAGGCGCAUCGCUUGCCGAGUCUUACUCGAUUGCGGCUCGCAGGCUAAUUUCAUUUCUAAAAAGUCUGUCAUUGAUUGUAUAGUAACGGAGCAAAUAACGGACAGACGUCCUGCUCUCACUAUCGAUCGAAAUAAGGUCAACAUUCCCGGCAAUCUAAAAUUGGCAGACCCGCAUUUCUUCAAAUCGUCAACUGUCGACAUCCUACUAGGCGCUGACAUUUUUUGGGAGCUAUUAUGCGUGGGACAGGUGCAAUCAUCGCCGAGGCACCCAACGCUCCAAAAGACUCGCUUAAGGUGGAUUGUAGCCGGUCGAAUCGGCCUCUCUUCUUCGGCCCCGCGGAGGGUAUGUUCUCUGCAUACCACCAUUACUAACGCGCAGUUACACGAUCAGCUGAGUCGGUUCUGGCAGCAAGAAAAUUCGUACAACGAUGUCAGUAACCACACUCUAGUCGAAGCUCACUGUGAGCAACAUUUCUUGGAUAACGUUUCUCGUGAUCAAACCGGUAGAUUUAUAGUAAAACUCCCACUGAAGGAGCAGCUGAUCGCUAAGAUCGGCGAUUCAAGGGAUACCGCGUUAAAACGUUUGCAAGGCAUGGAAAGGCGUUUCCAACGCGCUCCCAAUCUCAAAGCACAGUACGUAGAGUUCAUGAAUGAAUACGCAUCUCUAGGGCACAUGAAAGUCGCGAACAUUGAAUCAGACGAGGAUUCAACAUCGUUCUACUUACCACACCACUGUGUGUUUAAGACUGCAGACAAGAAUUCGAAAAUUCGCGUGGUCUUCGACGCGUCGUGCAAGAGCAGCACAGGCGUCUCGCUCAACGACGCUCUCACAGUAGGGCCUGUCGUACAGCAGGAUUUAAUGUCAAUCCUGUUACGUUUUCGUACGCAUCGAUACGCCGUUUCGGCUGAUAUAAUCAAGAUGUACAGACAAAUUUUGGUAGACCCGUCGCAAACAAGGUUGCAAAAAAUUCUAUGGCGAACCGACGUCCAGUCUGAUGUCACGACAUACGAAUUAACGACGGUCACGUACGGAGCGGAUACGAUCACGGAUGCAGAAUCAGUAAUACGAGAAACUACUCAGUUACUCCAGUUAGGCUCGUUCAAACUCAGUAAAUGGGCAUCAAAUUGCUCGCAGCUUUUGCCGGGCGCGGAGGGUCAUUCUAGAAACCUAGUGCCUAUUGGUGAUAGUGCUCUCUCACGCGUCCUCGGGAUCCACUGGGACCAAAACAAUGACGAAUUAUGUUUCUUUCAUGAGGACAACGUAGACUAUUCCUCCAUAUCGAAACGUGUAAUACUUUCAGGAACCGCCAGGUUAUAUGACCCACUAGGAUUGCUCGGACCUGUUAUUGUCGUCGCGAAAAUUAUCAUCCAGGAAUUAUGGCAGGCAGGUCAUCAGUGGGAUGAAUCAGUCUCUCAGGACAUACAGUCACAUUGGAUGAAACUUCGAUCACAACUAAUGGAGCUGAAUGAACUACGAGUUCCACGCUGCGUCAAGUUCACAGCGGAUCCUCGACUUGUCCAGGUACAUGGGUUCUGCGACGCCAGCCAACGAGCGUAUGGCGCAUGCAUAUACCUGCGAACUGAAACCACCAAUGGCUAUCGCGUGGAGUUACUUUGCUCUCGAUCGCGCGUGGCACCGCUCAAGGCCAUUUCGUUACCUAGGUUAGAAUUAUCCGCAGCAUUACUGCUGUCGCAGCUUUUAGAAAAGGUGAGAAGCUCAUUCGACUUGUCGCACAUGAACAUCGUCCUGUGGUCAGACUCUAUAAUAGCUCUCAAUUGGCUACCUCGCCUUCUCGAAAAUGGACGGCUUUCGUAG